AGCUUCCAAUGGAACAGUGUCUAAUUUGCUUACCAAGGCGGAGAAUCCUGUGGCCAGAGCUUCCCCAGCGAUGGACGCGGUGGUUAAGGUUUUUUGUUUCCAUUCGAAGCUGAAUUUCUCGCUGCCGUGGCAGAGAAAUCGGCAGAACAGCUCGACCAGCAGCGGCUUUAUUAUCAAGGGCAGGAGGGUUUUGACGAAUGCACAUUCUGUAGAGCACUAUACGCAGGUUAAGCUGAAGAAGAGGGGUUCAGACACCAAAUAUGUCGCCACCGUGCUUGCAAUUGGGGAAGAAUGCGAUAUUGCUUUGCUAACAGUAGAGGAUGAGGAGUUCUGGGGAGGGGUUUCGCCGGUAGAAUUUGGGGAUCUGCCGGCGCUUCAAGAUGCGGUGACAGUUGUUGGCUAUCCGAUUGCGGGCAAGGGCGAUGCCAUCUCUGUGACAAGUGGAGUUGUUUUGCGAAUAGGAAUUGUUUCGUACGUUCACGGAUCAUCGGAUCUUUUGGGAAUGCAGCUUGUGGUCCUUCAGACGAAGACUGCUAAAGCCACAACCGUGGACAUUCUGGCAACUCAUUGCAUACCAUCAGCCGUGUCGGAUGAUCUCAAAGCAUGA